AUGGAGGAAGAAAAGGUGAACUUGAGAUUAGAUAUAAAUGUUCAAAAACUCGAGGCUGAGAAACUAAAAAAAGGGAAAAAUAAGGCUGAGGAGGAUCUAGAUAGCUUGAAGACAGAUUAUAAGAAGCUACAUUUGUCGAUGAGAACUGCCGGGUUGAGAAAAACUUCGGAGCACUGGCGUGAAGAGAUUCGAGAAGAAAAAAACAUGGCCGAUAGGUGGGAAAGAAAAUUCCAGGAAGUUCAAGUACGAAACGAGGCUUUAGAGAGGAGCUUGUCAAAAAAUCGAAAGGAAAAAGGUGAACUAAAGGAUAGAGUGGCUGAGUUAGAAAGAUCUCUCCAUCAGUACCAAAAUCAAAAUUUCGCAAUGGAGUUAAGAGCGAGCUUGAGCAAAAUUGAAGAAAUGAAAGGAAGAAUAGAAGAGUUAGAAUCAGCUUUGCGAAAUUGUGAGAUCCGGAUUGAGUACUUGGAAGCAAACGAAGGUCGUCAGAAUAAGCAACUUCACCACUUUCAGAAUCAAGUUAGAAACAGGGAUCAUAUUAUGGGAGAAGUUGUGGCUCAAAUUCGAGAGGUGGCCGAUCACCUGCAGACUUUGGCAGUACAAGCCGAUACGCUGAGUGUUAAGUAUGAGCUGGAAUCAAAUCCGGGAUAG